AUGAAGCUCCCAGCCAUCUUCCUCCUCGCAACCAGCGCCAUGACCUCAAGGCUCCAACUGCCCAAAAACAACAACAACGCCGCCAUACUCAUAAACCGCGACUUGGACCCCGCGACCAUGGACCCCGCACAAUUCUCCGUCCUCCGAGUCCUCAAGAACGCCAUGCCCAGCGGCCCUAACCCGCCCUUCCCAACCGGCACCUCGGAUCCCGCAUGGUACCAAAGCCUACCUCAAGACGUCAAGCAAUUGCUGCCUAAAUUCUACCCAGUGGUCCAGGCUGCUGCGGUAUCGCAGGGCGAGAUCAGCAGCAGUGGUGGUAGCAGCAGCAGUAGUACGACGAUUACCAGUGAACAGAGCGGGACAUCUACCGCUGUAGAUGCUACAACAUCAUCCGCUUCUCAAAGCUCAUCAGCUACUACACCACCGUCUCUCUCUCCUUCACUUACCAGCACUACUGCCGCCAGAAAUAGCAGCAGCAGCAGUACCGUACGCACAACGUCCCGCACUUCAGCAACGUCAUCUGCUGCUACUGCAAGGCCAUCGGUGCCCUCAUCCAAUGGUUCAAGGACCUUGGUGCAAACGCCGGUGCUGGCGGUUUUCGUAGCGUGGAUUGCUGUUGCCACGGCGUUUAGUGUGCUUGGUUAG